AUGUCAGCAUUUAAGAAAUUCACAGACUUUGUCUUUUCCAAACAAUCAUUAAGAUAUAUGUGUACUACCCAUUUCUGGGGUCCAGUAUCAAAUUUUGGUAUUCCAAUUGCGGCAAUCUUAGAUUUAAAGAAAAAUCCUGAUUUAAUUAGUGGUCCAAUGACUGGUUCUUUAAUUCUUUAUUCAUUAGUGUUUAUGAGAUAUUCUUUGGCUGUUACUCCUCAAAAUUAUUUAUUAUUUGGUUGUCAUUUUGUUAAUGAAUGCGCUCAAUUAGGACAAGGGUUUAGAUGGGUAAAUUUCCAUUAUUUUAGUGGUGGUAGUAAGCAAGAAGCUAUUGAAGCUGCUCCUGUUGAAAAAUAG